AUGAAGUGUGAUGCCAAACACGCAUAUGGUGGUAAGAUGAUUUACGAGAAGCAGUGGAUGCCAAUUGCUAUUUUGAUUUGCAUCCAUAAUUGUUGUGUCAGGAUAGGUAUACGUGGGAAACCUCUGCAUCAUAAAUCUAUGCAGAUCAUAGAGGCGGUGAAUGAGAAUACACUGGUGUUUAAUCUGUAUGCAAAGAUGGCCACGUUUGGCACUAUUUAUUCAUCUCAUAGUGCACGUGAUACAUACGAGGUUCGCAGGAAAAUUAAUGCAUAA